AUGACAACCCACAAAGCACCAACUCCACAACCUUCUCCCCAAUCCCACCCCAACAAUCCCGCACCCGAAUGUUGCAUGUGCGGCGAUUUCGGCUUCUCCUACGAGCUUUUCCAGUGCCAAGUCUGCCAUUUCAGAUCUCAGCACAGGUACUGCAGCAAUCUGUACCCGAAAGCGGAAUCUUACGAGGCCUGCAAUUGGUGCCUCCGCCGAGAUGAUUCCAAGGACAAAUCCCAGAACUCCUCCAACUCCUCCUCCUCGAAUCGAAACAGCGCUAGCGACGGCGACGGGAGGAGGGCGAGGGUCUCGGAUCGAGCAGGGCCGGUGAAGAGCCAGAGGAUCAGUAUAGCCACCAAGGGCAGUGGGCGUACCCUGCAGCGGCAAUCGAUCAACGGACCCGUCAAGAAGCAGAAGUCCCCAGACCGAUCGAUGGCGACGACUCCCCGGAGGAGGUUGAUCAGCAACGGCGAAUUGGAGAAGAAAUUGAGAAGGACGAAAUCGGAGGUCAUAGUGAAGAACAGCAACAGUAAUAAUCAUAAUAACGGGAACGGGAGCGUUGGAGGGAUGAGGAGGCAUGUGGUGUUUCGGAAUAAGGUGAGACGAUACAAACUCCUCGAUGAAGUCUCCAGCUGA